UGCAGUGUCUUUUUAAGAGCAUCUAAGCACACACACAUAAAAAGCUAGAAGGCAUGCAUUCCGGAGUUAUUCCUAUGCAUAUCCCUGCAAUAAUUUUCCGCUUUCCUUCGAUAAAAUUGCCAAAUAAUAAUGAAUCAUUUCAUAAAUAAUGGGUUUAGAAGCUUAUCAGGGCAGGCGGGCCACUGCUGGGGUUUUAUCUCUCUCGGCCACAUUGCAGUAGUGUUCCGCUCUCCAUACUAAAUAGGAAACUGGACGUGAUGUGGAAUUAGAGCCUACCCAGCUGAAGCCACCCAACACUUACUACAAAUAUAGCCGCGAUGCGUAGGCCACAAAAUGGCUCCACUCACUUUUCCCAAUGAAAAGCAAAUGGAUUUAGCAGUUUUAUCCCGAUGCGGGUGUCCUUCCUCUCUGUAAAGUCGUAAGUACCUUGAGGUGGGAGGAGUAAAUUCAGCCUGACACUGAGAGCGCUUUUGUUGAAACAGGAGAGACUUGCGGUGUCCCUACUUAAAUAUGACACAUGACGAUGGACAGGCCGCCCGCCCCGCCGCCCCCCAGUGACCCCCGCGAUGCCCGCCCCCCCCGGCGGCAGGACUCGGAAGCGGAGACCACGAGCGAGCCGGAGAGCAGCCGCGGGGGCAUGGAGGCGCCGGCGGACCCCCAGCUGCUGCUCAACGGGGCGUCCAAGGAGGCGGGCCGGCCCUCCCCCGGGCCCCCCGCCGCCCCUGUGCCCGUCAUCGAGCUGGUGCGCAGGGGGGGCUCCCUGGACAUAAAAGGCCGGGAGGCGGCGGGAGAGGCGAUGCAGAGAGCGCCGGGUGCCGAGCCGUGCCGCGCCGCCGAGGCCGCCUGCGAGGCCCGCAUGGUGCAGCUGAGUCCCCCCGCGCUCCCGCUGCAGCCCCACGGCAGGGCCAUGCUCUACAACCUGGGCCAGCCGCUGGCCACCAUCAACAGCGGAUUUUUCGGCGAACCGGACUCCUUCUCCAUGUACGGCAGCAACCGGGUGAAGCGGAGACCGUCUCCGUACGAGAUGGAGAUCACCGACGGUCCUCACACGAAAGUGGUCCGCCGCAUUUUUACCAACAGCCGGGAGAGGUGGAGACAGCAGAACGUCAACGGGGCCUUCGCAGAGCUCCGCAAGCUCAUCCCCACCCACCCUCCUGACAAAAAACUGAGCAAGAACGAGAUCUUGCGCCUGGCUAUGAAGUACAUCAACUUCCUGGCCAAGCUGCUCAACGACCAGGAGGAGGAAGGAAACCAAAGGGGCAAAGCGAACAAAGACUCUGGGAUAGUCCAGGAAGACCUCCUGCAGGACAUGUUGUCUCCUAACUCUAGCUGUGGAAGCUCCUUGGACGGGGCGGCGAGCCCGGACAGCUUCACGGAAGAGCACGAAGCGCUGGACUCGAAGCACACGCGGAGCCUGCACCACGCCAUCCUCCCUGUAGAAGGCAAUGCGCAGCGGUGAUGACCUUGGCACUGCUCCCGAAGCACCGAGGGGGUUGGGGGGGAGAGGCAAGACCCGAGCGUGAGGAUGCCGGAACUUGUGCUCGUUGGGAUCUGUGACUCUGCCUUUCCCCUGGGGAGCUCGGGCUCCCCACUCUCCCCCAGCCCGGCGUGUUGGCUGAGGACGAGGCCAACCCGGACGGACGCUCAGUAAAUAGGUACGUGAUCGUACAAAGAAGAAAAGCAUUGAAGUCGUCUUCAUUGUACAUACUGCUCGUGACGUGACCCUGAGGAGGGGGAGGAGACGUGGCCAGCGCCUCUCCAGCAUUUAGAGGGCUUUCAGACCACGUGAUGACCACCGCUUUUUAAACAGUCGCCUGGUUGAGGCGUGAAACUCCUCUUUCACUGCUGGCAGAGGCCACUGACGCUUUCCUGCUCCACGUGGUGCUGGAGACUGCUGCAUCAUGCCAGUGCAGCACUUCUCCAGCCUGUGGCACACACAGCUGGUCUGAACAGGAGCUGGGGCCUCAUGUUCCUGUUGUCCGAGAGCUUUUGACUGUAUCUUUUUAAAGAGGUGCAAAAAUACCCUCAGCAAAAGAACUAUUAAAAGGAUUAAGACUA